AUGGAACGGCAGACCUUCACGAAAAUCAUUUCGAAGGAGAACUCUAGCGGGAAGAUCGUACUUGUGGACUUUUACGCCGACUGGUGUGGUCCAUGCAAGAUGCUAAGCCCCAUCCUCAUGAAGUUGACUGCACCAGGACCAGAGGGUGACCAUACCGUAAAGACAGCCAGCGGACGACCGUUGGAUCUUGUUACUGUUAAUGCAGAUGAGCAAAUGGCGCUGACUAUGGAGUACGAGAUAUCUGCACUACCAACUGUUAUUGCCUUCAAAGAUGGAGAACAAGUACAGAAAUUUAUCGGUGCUUUACCAGAGAAAGGCGUACAUGUCUUCAUCUCUGCAUUAUAA